ACACGACGCUCCUGCCGGAAGCGGAGCGGGCGCUGGUUGGACGCGUCGCGCGGGGCCGGCGCCGCCCGUGGCUGCGAUGUAGCCGCUCACCGCGUCCCCGGCCCGCGCCGAGGCACCGGGGGCGGCGGGGGUGGCCCCGUCCCUCCGCCCUGCGGAUCCCCUGCGGGCCGGAGCGGGGACAGGCCGGGCGGCACCGGCAGCGCUGGGGGAACCGCGCGGGCUGGCACCGGGCACCGGCCAUGGAGCCGGGCACCAUCGACAACCUGUCCAUCCUCUACCAGAGCUCCGACUUCAUCGUGGUCAACAAGCACUGGGAUAUCCGCAUCGACAGCAAGAUGUGGUACGAGACGCUGACGCUGCAGAGCCAGCUCAAGUACCGCUUCCCCGAGCUGGCUGACCCCGACACUUAUUAUGGAUUCAGGUUCUGCCACCAGCUUGACUUCUCCACCAGUGGAGCCCUGUGUGUUGCGCUCAACAAAGCGGCAGCGGGAAGCGCCUACAAGUGUUUUAAAGACCGGCUGGUGACCAAAGCUUAUCUCGCCCUGGUCAGGGGCCACGUCAGCCAGAGCCGGAUGACGAUCCGCUAUGCCAUUGGGAAGAACACCACAGAGGGCAUGACCCACAUGAUGUGUAUCGAUGGAACAGAGGGCUGUGAAAAUCCUAAGCCUUGCCAGUCGGAGCUGAUCGUGCUUGAACACGGGUCCUACAGCGGAGACCCUGUAACCAAAGUGCUGCUGCAGCCACUGACAGGGCGGACUCAUCAGCUGCGGGUUCACUGCAGUGCCAUUGGCCACCCCAUCGUGGGGGACUUCACCUACAGCCACAAGAAGGACAGCAGCCCUUACAGGAUGAUGCUCCAUGCCUACUACCUGCGCAUCCCCACCGGCAAGGAGCUGAUUGAGGUCUGCGCACCCGACCCCUUUGUCACUGCAAUGGAUAGCAACUGGGUGCCCCACCACGUCACUCACCGGCUGGAUGAGACCAUCCAGGAGCUGAAGGACAAGAUGAUGCAGAAGCAGGAAGAGGAGGAGGGCCAGGAAGCCACGCUUGGUGGCGGAGGAGAGGAGGCACCAAGCGAAGCCAAGAGCCCAGAGACGGAGGAGCAGCGAGCCCAGUGCGAGCAGUGGUUGGCCGAGUGGGCUUUGGAGUGAGCACAAACUACGCCUUUGCAUUUCCAGCCCAAUGCUCCAUUCUUGUCCCAGUGGGUCUCCUCAGAGCCCAAUGCUGACUCUACAUCUGCACUUUCCGUAUGCCGUGGCUUCCCUCACUUCUGGGGCUGGGAUCAGUGAGAUUUUCGCAGCGAUUAGGAUGGGUUUAUUUUCCAAUGUGCACAUCAUCCAUCUGGCCACUGGGUGCCCCUUUCCUAAUCCUGGCCCUCAGCAGCAGAGUCAGCGUGUCACCUACCGGCUUAGAGUGACUCCAAAGCUUUACAUCCCCAUCCCAGGGCUCAGGCACAGCCGGGGCAGCACGGAUGCUGCCCUUGCCACGAGUGCAACAGGUGAUAUCCACAAACCCUCCGUGCUAGGAUGCUAAAACACAGUCCAGCCAAGGGAGGGGAGAAUGUGCUGGAUGCAGCUUUGGUGUCUGUGUCCCCCAUUCCCUUCACUCCAGGCUGCUGCACCUGCUGGCAUGGACAUUGUGUAGGAGUUGGGGAGGCUGAAGUGCAGCUAGGGGCACCAAAAGCCCCCCUUUAUCCCAGGGCGGCUCCAGGUGUUUUGCCUGUGGUGCUGGGCUGUGCGUUGGGCACGGGUGCAGUAGAGGUCCCUGCCUGCCUGUCCUCACCCGUGUGCUUUCCUCCUGCCUCAGCCCGCAUGGGGUUUUUUUAAAGGUUUGAUGAAGGUGAGCAGGUUGGUAUGAAUGCAUUGUAAACUUUUUUUCAGGUUUCUAUGAGAUGGAUCUAGUCUUUUAGCAGUUCUGAAAUACGGGUGGGCUCAGAAAUGCUUGUAUUUUUGGUAAUUCUGUGGUCAGAAUAGCUGGCAGCCCAAAGCUUUUUUAAUAGAUCUUAUUAUUCCUAUCUCCAGCAUCACCUUUUCCAGCAGCCACUUUUACCUUGGAUGUGGAUUAACCCCUGCUGAGACGGGGCAAUGAGCCCCUUUCUACUUUCCCCAGACAAGGGGGGAUAAUUAUCGUGGUGGUAUCCAUGGCUCCUUGCUGGUGGAGCGUCCACACCAGAAGGCAGGUCCUUCGGGUGGACAGUUUGGGAAGGCUCUGGAGCAGCGAGAGCAGCUGAGAAAGUGGGUGAAGCCAAAAGAAAGCCUGAGGAUUGCAAUGAAGAGUGGGAAGGAGCUUGUUUCUCUCGCAGGCACUCAUCUUUGUGAGAUGCAGAGACCUGUAGGAUUCAGCACUGAUCCCGCACGUGCACUAUUCAGUACGUGCCUGGCGUUAUCAUCACCCCAUAAGCCCUGUCCAAUUUAAACUGCCCCUGACAGUGGUUUCACAUCACUGAUGUUCCUGCCCUGAGGGGGAUAAAACAUCACAGCCCUCUCUCCUCAUGGAUGAAAGCACCCUGAGGGAACCAAAAACCCUGCGGGGUGUUGUGUCGCCCGUCCUUCACAGCCCCGGGUACUGGUGGGUGCCAGCUCACCGCCAUGGCUCGUGGCCAGGGACGUGGUGGCUGUCACCUUGGUUUUGUGGCUCGGCAUGAAGUGCUGCCAUUGCUGCCAGGUGAGGACAGGCACAUGGCUCUGCUGGAAACAGCCCUGGACACCAAGCAAAGACCAUGGGCUCGUGAGGUGAUGGCAGAGGGCUCAGAGGGGUUGGAGGAGCAGAUUUGUCUCCUUCCUCCCAGGCCCUAUCCCUGCAGGUUCCGUGUCCCAGGAGUGGCCAGGGAGAGGCAGCCACAGGUUGGUGCUGAAGCUGUAAAUUAAUGCCGUGAACUUGUUUACAAAAGAAUGAACGUGGGUGCGCACAGCAGGCCUGGAAGAGUUAUGGGAGAGAUUUGCAGUGUCAGAAAUGGGACACAACAUUCCCAUCCUGGAGGACCCAGUGCAGGAAUGGUCCCUGUUCCGUGACAGCAGAUGUGUCCUGCAGCCGCACAGUUGGGACAAGGCUGCUGUGGCUGCGGGGCGGGUGGUGGCAGGCAGGGGUGCAUGGGGACGCACCAGUGCCCAUGCAGAAGGGGACAGUGAUGGAUUGUCCUGGCUUGGGGACUGGCGCCCGUCGCUUGCUCCACCAGCUGCACUAAGGAGCCCAUGGACCCUGCGUCACCCUUCGUGCAUUCCACUUCUACCCAAUAUCGCAGCAAUAUUGAGAGAAAUACAUAUUUUCCUUACCCUGCAGAGAGGAGUUUUCCAGGUGCCCUUCCCAGUUCACCUCCUGCGCCGUGUCCGCUCCUGCUGCACCCUCUCUGCCGUCGCUGCCGCGGGGCCGUUUGCUUCAUCAUGUGUGAACCCACUCGUGCGUUUGCACUGGGGGGUUGUGAGCGGGUGUGUGUGCGUGUUUCGUGAUGCUCUGUAAAGCUUGCAAUAACCCUUUGUUCUUAUUUGCACAUGACCGCAG